AUGUCGAUCCCUGUGCCACCUAGCUGGAAGGACCUUGGUAAGGCCGCGUCGGAUAUCCUUGGCAAGGACUACCCCAUCCAUGGCUCGACCCUUGAGGUCAAGACCCGCACGCCAUCGGGUGUGACAUUCCGUGUGCUGGGUCUACAAGACAACAAGUCGUCGAACAUUAGCGGUGACCUUGAGGCCAGCUGGCAAGACCGCAAGAAGGGUCUCGCCUUCACACAGGCCUGGUCGACCGCCAAUGUGCUGCGCAACCACAUUGAGUCCGAGAACCAUCUCGCCAAUGGCCUGAAGCUCGAGGCCAUUUCGACGCUUGUGCCAGAGAAGCAAGCCAAGAACGCUCUCCUGGCUUUGACCUACCGAACGCCAGGCCUGCACAUGCGCAACUUUGUGGACGUUUUCAAGGGUCCUCUGCUUACCGCUGAUGCUGUGGUUGGCCGUGAUGGCUUCCUGUUCGGUGCUGAGGCCGCGUACAACGCAAAGGACAAGAAGCUUGCGCGUUACAACCUGGCCGCUGGCUUCCACGCUCCUGAGUAUGCCAUCACACUCCACGCGCUUGGCAACCUCUCCACGUACAGCGCUUCGUACUACCACCGAGUGAACCAGGACAUUGAGGCUAGUGCUCGUGCCACGUACGACUCGAAGGCCUCGAGCAACAUGAACCUUGAGGUCGGCACGAAGACGUACCUCGACAACGCUGCCUUCAUCAAGGCCAAGAUCAACAACUCGGGUAUCUUGGCCCUUGGCUAUGCGCAGGCGCUUCGUCCUGGCAUUAAGGCUACGUUCGGUCUUGCUCUUGACACGAUCAAACUGUCGUCUGGCUCGACAGAUGCCAGUGCUCACAAGCUUGGUGCUGCGCUCACGUUCGAGGCUUAA